GAUUAAACGGUCGAGAACAGUCCCAAUACGAUGACAGUACGCACCACACCGUCCGGGACACGUAUUCUACCGAUUCCGACAAGCUAUUCUGUCUGCUCUCUCUCUUUAGUCACUUCAUUGGGCCCUCCCGGUUCACAACCCUGGUCUGUCUCUUUCUGUAGAACACGAGGUGACAACGGGUAUUAAAAAGUCUGAUUGGUUCUGAUGAUCACAGGGGCCCUCCUCCACCUCUUCUCAGCUAAUCCUGAUGGGACUCCGGAGCUGAUGUCACAGAAGGCAAGAGGGUUUUCCUGUUUGGGAAUCCAGAAGAGACAAUCCAUACCACGUUAAAUGGAGGAGAAGGAGAGGAGUAGGAGCCGGUCUCCGUCUCGUAGCCGUAGGGCCAGCCGGGUGCAGCAGGUGGUGGGCACGUUGAUCAGACGCACCCGAGAAUCACUCAGCAGAGAGCGGAUCCUUGGCGAUGGGAGGUCCAACCGGUCAGCCAGCGUGUCCAGUCAGAACUUCCCGGUGAGGCUAACGGUUCAGAUCGUCAGAGACCCGGUGUUGGACUCCAGAGGUCAUGGGUUCACCCUCUCCAAACAGCAUCCCCUGCUGGUCAGGGACGUGGCUACAGGUGGCCCCGCGGAUGGCAUACUGUACCCUGGAGACCAGGUGUUACAGAUCAAUGACCUGGUGGCAGAUGAUCUCAGCUAUGAACAGCUGCAAGACGUCACUAGGGACUUGGAGGACGCUGUCACAAUGACAAUCUUAAGGCACAUGACAGGUCCUAAGUCGUCCAUCAUGUCGGCGGAGAAGAGGGCUCGUCUGAGGAGUAACCCGAUCAAAGUGCGCUUCGCAGAGGAAGUGGUCGUUAACGGUCACACUCAGGGAAACUCUCUUCUGUUCCUGCCCAACGUUCUGAAGGUCUACCUGGAGAACGGACAGACCAAGGCCUUCAAGUUCGACGCCACCACCACCAUCAAGGACAUCGUUCUGACUCUGAAGGACAAGUUGUCCAUCUGCUGCAUUGAGUACUUUGCUCUGGUGCUGGAACUGCAGUAUAGCAUCACCAAGCUACUGCUCCUGCACGAGGAUGAGCUUAUACACAAAGUGGUGCAGAAGAAGGAGAACAGCAGCCAUGACUACAAGUGUCUGUUCAGGGUUUGUUUCAUUCCCAGAGACCCCCUGGAUCUGCUACAGGAAGACCCAACCGCCUUCGAGUACCUCUUCCUGCAGAGCGUCGGGGACGUUCUGCAGGAGAGGUUUGCGGUGGAGAUGAAGUGUAACACUGCACUGCGUCUGGCUGCCCUGCACAUGCACGAGAGACUGAACAGUAUAGGCUCCACCCGGACCUCUAUCAGGAGCAUCACGAAAGAGUUUGGUCUGGACAGCUUCAUCUCUCCCACUCUGCUCAGUAACAUGAGAGAGAAGGACCUGAGGAAAGCCAUCAGCCACCACCUCAAGAAGAUCCAGUCACUGCUGGAGCCACGACAGAAGGUUAUCUCAGCCACUCAGGCCCGGCUGGCCUACCUCACCCAGCUUGGAGAACUAAUCUCCUACGGAGGCCGCUCCUAUACGGCCACCAUGAUGCUGCAGGACCGGGAGGUGCUGGUCAGUCUGUUGGUGGGAGCGCGCUACGGCCUGAGUCAGGUGGUCAACCACAAGCUCAACAUGGUGUCCACCCUGGUAGACUUCAGCAGCAUCAGUAGAGUGGAGCUGCUCUCUGAGUCAGACAGAGUCAGCCUGCUACGUAUCUCACUGCACGACAUCAAGCCUUUUGCCUUACUGAUGGACUCUCUGGCAGCCAAAGAUUUGGCGUGUCUACUGGGGGGCUAUUGCAAGCUCCUGGUGGACCCCAGAGUGUGUGUGUUCCGUCUGAGACGCCCCAAGGUGCGGGUGCACAGGAUACCUGCUGAGGAAGGCUAUGUGUCCCGCUGCUGUAGUGACUCCGAUGACUCGUCAGACGAGGACUACCCCGCCGAGCCUCCGCCAACGCACACCCGCAAACGCCCCGCACCCGCCAGCAAAGACAGGGAGGGUUGGAGGAGAGAAGAAGAGGAGCAGAGAGGAGUGGAAGGAAAGAAAGAGAGAGCUGAGAAAGAAUACGAAGAGAAACAAGAGGUGAUGAUCAUUGAGCUGUCAGAGAAGGACAUGGAAGUCGAGGAAGAGAACGGAAGGGAAGUGAGAGGAAGAGAGAUCAUGCUAGGAAUUAAAGCUGACGCGGGAACAGUGGAACAGGACAACUGGUACCGCACAGAGCCGCGGGCCAACAGUAGCUUCUCCAGCCUGUCCAGCUGCUCUCUGAGGGCGGCCUUGGAGGAGAGCAGCCCUGCAGCUGCAGCCAGAGGAGGAGGCCCAGCCAAGGCCUCUUGCUUGGUCGCCUUGCGUGAGGACAGCCCCUCUCUCCGGUCCCAACGUCCAACUCAGGGGACCACCACCCUGGAUGUCCACCACCCGUUCCUCCUGGAGGUCACAGCUCCCUCUCCUCAGCGUCAGAGAGAGGGUGCCGCCGGCAGCACGGCCUCUGCCCCCGUACGCCCCACCAACCUGAGUUACCGCAGCAACGACAGCCCGUGCCUGUGCUUCACUGAACACUCCAAGGGCAGCUAUCUCCCCAGCCCCCCCGAGGCCACCAGCGACGAGGAGGAGACGGAGGAAGUUGACGACGAUGAGGAGGAACUGAGACUGCUCUCUAAGAUCCCAAGUCACGUAGACCUGCGCCUCAUCGACAAGAUCUGCGCCCAGUCUAACAAAACUGCUUCCAAAAACAAGUUAGACAUCCCCAUCCACAUCUCCUCCUGUGAAAAGAAGGCGGCUUGUAGCUCCACCCACAAAGGGGAGGAGAGUCUAUCAAGUUACUCUGGAGAUUGCGGUCCUUUCCUAACGCCGUCCCCUAAUGCUCCUCCUCCUGUUGCUAGGGAAAGUGCCUCAGAGUCAGACGAUGAGUUCUUCGAUGCCCAGGAGCGGUUCACUCCUCCAGUUCCUCCUGAUGGCACAGAAAACAGUUUGGAUGUGGCUGACAAUAAGAGACACCGUAAACGCUGGAGUGGCACAGGAUAUGGACUGCCAGUGGUACCAGAGAGGGAGCCUCCCUCACCCCUCAAAAAGAAGCACUCCUCACCUGACCACAAGAAACAGCAGGAGACCCAACGAGACUCGAAGCUCCACUCAAACCAGUCUUCCAUGCAGAGUGUCGAUGCCAAGACCAAACCUCCACCAUUGGCCCCCAAGCCCCAGCUACCCCCGAAACCUGAACUGGCCCCGAAACCUGAACUGGCCCCCAAGCCCCAGAUAGACCCCCAGAGGUCUCCCAAGUGUGGGGGUCCGUACGCCCACUGUAACGGGGAUGCUCGUGGGGCCCACGCGGGGCUCUUGGAGAUAGACACCAUGGAGCCGGAAACGAUGGAGUUUAAAUCAGUCACCUCGGGGGCGGGGGGGCCUCCACUCUCCUCCCCCCUCAUCACGGCUGUACGGAAGAACCAGCAACCCCCUGCUGAAUCUCAGACUGUGGAGAACGGGCUCAGGCAAGAGAACGGGCCUAAGAUAGAGAACAGUUCUAAGCAAGAGCACAGUUCUAAGAUAGAGAACAGGACUCCUAACGUGCUUCCUAAAGAUGGUGUUCUGGUCACUGCUGACAAGCAGACAGCGAGUGUUGAAACUAAAACAAAUGGGAUUUCCCUGCCGAAGGGAGAGGUCCGAAAUGGGGUUGGGGGGCACCCCCCGAGAAAGCUGCAAAGCUUAUCCCCCAUUCCACGUUCGGCUUCAGGAGAUGAGAUCAGGUUGAGCCUUACCAGCCCUCCACCACUCUCUCCCAGAACCUCCCCUUCUCCUCUUCAUCCCCUAACAGUCCUCCCCAUCCCGGUCUCACUGAAGGAGAAGGAGGGGGUGUCCCCACCAAACGGCCUCCACCCCUGGGGCAGCCGCAAUGGGAGCGCUCAGUCCGGGAGGAGGGUCUCUUUGAGUCACGAGAACCUGUCCCCCAAAAAUGCAGACGGCCCCCUCAGUCUGACCACCUCCCUCACCACCUCCUCUAAAGGGACAGCAGGAAUCCCAGAGAGCACAGGGAGGUCAGGGUCAGGUUCAGACCUGAGGGUCAGUUCUUCCAGCCUGGGGGGCCGUCUGCCUACCUCAGCCCUGAGAGGGCGGAUCCAGGCCCUGCCCUGGUACAUGACCCGCUCCCAGGAGAUCCUGGGUACUCUGGACUACCCCUCCACCAGCUCUGUCAACGAGGAUGUCACAUCCGGGUACGGCUCCGGUCUGUCGGUCAGCGGAGCCUCUGAGGUCAGCAAGGUCACUGCCAAGGCAGUAGGUGAGACUGCAGCAGGUAAAGGGAAGAAGGAAGUGCUGGAGGAUGGAGCAGAGGUUGUCAUAGCGACCAUCAAAGAGUUCCAGGAAGUGACUCCCCGUGUGAAGGAGGCCAAUGGGACGAACGUGUCGCACCCCAACCAGACCCUGAGAGAAAAUGGGGCGCACGUCUCUGAGCCCUAUGGGUUUCGGGGCUCUUGCAAGUCGGAGCAGCCCCAGUCCAGGCCCCACUCAGAGGUGGGGUUUAGGGGGUGGUUCAGGCCCACCCCUAGAGGGGGACUCUCUGGUGCACACCCCUCCACAGGCCCACCGCGAGGCGUGUGGGUGCCGUACCGUCUACGCCAACUGUUCAGCGGCGACGUGGAGGACGGCUGCGGCUUUGACGAGGAGCUCACAAUCUACGAGUUCUCCAAACGCACGCGCCCCAAACAAGCCCGCUCUACACCCCUGCCCUCCCCCACCUCCCCUGUCCCCUCCCCCAACAUCCUGUCCCUGCUGAGGGACACCCCUCGCCCUCUCUCUACCCUCUCCACUGCCUCCUCAGAAAUUAGCCCCCUCCUGUCCCGCCCUGUCUCCCCAACACCCCCUACAGGCGCCCUGAGCUCCCUCACCAACAAACGCUACGUGGGGCUGAAGGGGGGCUUCGCCUCCCUGAGGCAGGACAUCGAUCAGCUACGCCUGGUUCUGGAGAGAGGCACGGCUGGGCCACCACCAUCAUCAGAACCCUCUAAAACAGACCAGGAUGAGUGUGGAGAAGAGGGACCCAACCAAGACGUGGGGAAAAAGGAUGGUCCGACCCCGUGCUGUGGAGGGGCAAGUCCUCUACCCUUGACAGAGGCUGAGAGGAGUUUACUCCAGGCAGAGGCCCGGCGGUUGGCAACAGGGUGCCAGCGUGCCACGCGUGUGGGCUGGGCUCCGGAGGAGGCGCUUCGGUCCUUAUCCAACAGCUUUAGUGCCCUUGUGCAGCUCUCUGCAGCCUGCCUGAGAACACACCCCUGUCCUGGCUGUGACAUCUGCCUCAAUAGGGGUCAGAUCCACAGCACUGAUGAUGAAGGCCAGGAGGAGGCUCUGGACAAGCUGAAGGAGAUCGUAGGGCUGUACCGGGAGUUCGUUGGGGCUGUGGAGACGGCUGAAACCAGGGCUGGGGCUGGCGGUGGGUCUGGGGAUGGACAGAGGCAGGGAGAGGGCGAGGGGGUCAGGCUGCUGGCCAAACGCUGCACGGUGCUCAUCUCUUCUGUCUUUGCGCUCACUCAGCUGUUCAGGAUGCACUCGCCGGACACGACAGACCUGCUGGGUCAAACACCUCUCCACUUUUGACCUCUGACCUUUUAAAAACCCCUCCUCACCACCAGGACUGAGGUGAGAUGAGGACUUAGUAAGAGAAGGGAGGAGGAUGAAGAGCUGUUGACACGAUUCUUUAGCAAAGUGGGAUCUGGUGUGUGGCCCUACAUACAGUACAGUACAUACACACUUGUACAGUAAGUGCCAUGCACACCACAGCACACAGAAUAAACACACCCACACCACACACACAUCCAUAACUGAUGAGAGGAACCUCUUCCACUGACUGCCAUUACUGCCAGGUCUCCCCAUAGACUCAUCUGGAUUAUGCAUUUGUACAUAGGUAUUUUAUAACUAUCUAUCUUGUUUUAUUAUUAUAUUCUGUAUGUGUAUGUAUGAAAUAUGUAUGUACGUAUUUAAGUAUGUUUGCACCAUGGUCUAUGACGUGAAGGGACCUGCUGGUGUAAGACCCCGUGGUUUAUCACUGGAUUUUGUAUAUAUUGUUUUUUGUCAUGUGUGAUUUUCUACCUCCACCCACCUCCCUUCCUCUGACCUGGUGUCUGCUGAGGAGACGAGGGAGCAUUACUUUAUCUUCGGCUUAUUUAGUGAUUCUGUGGAUUCAGCUAAAGUUCAACUCGGUCAUUUCGAUUUGUCCAUUGGGGGAAAACAGUAUAAAUCACAAACUUUGACAUUUGCCGAGACCCACCCCCCUCAGUUUACAAACAAAUGCAAAGGGAGCACUAUUGACCGUGAAGGAAAGUUACACUUUGCAGAAGCUACAGAAAUGAACCCUGUGACAAGUGUACACCUUUCCUGGCUCCUGACUGACGACUUGUGUGAGAGUGCUUGAACAGAGCAAACAGUCAAUAACCCAAAUGCUUAUGCAGUAAUUAUACCGUACAUCAACUUUGAAUCUAAAGGACACAUAUAUUUUUCUGGGGUGGGUUGCGUGGGUGGUGGAAUAGGGGAAAGGAAUUCAUGGUAAUUUGGUAUUUUGUACAACGUUUUUGACAAGGCUGACUGUUAAACCUAACUAGAUGUAGCAACGAUCCAAAGUAAUUUAACAACGAGCCACAAUUUUACUACUUGCCCAUGUUUAGCUCGGCAGACGGACGGACUGACUGAUCCUGUUUGUGCCAGAGCUGUUGAUAGAUAUACAUGUAUGUCUAUGUUUGUGUUAGUUUGGUUCUAUCUGUCCUUCCUUAGUUUAUGGCUAUGCAAACAUAACCACUACUUUCCUGUUCUCCAACAUAUCACUCCCUGUUACAAUUGUGUUAACGUUUAAAGACAAGAAUACCUGUAUAUGUUUUCUAGCCAUUGUAAAUGGAAAUACAGAGCGAUUCCCCUUAUGAUAAUGGGGGAUGUGGAUUAGGAUCACAGGCUAGUUCAGGAUUGCAACGUUCUGCAAUGUUGCAUGUAAUGGGGUGCAACAUGUCCCAACAAAAGGCCUCCAACCUACUGUGUUGUGGGUAAAAUGCAGAGCUGUUUUUGUGACUGGAAACGAUCACAACUCACUGAUCCUGACACGAUGCUGUAAACAUAUUCAAUCUGAGGUUUGACUAAAUAAAUUGGUGUUUUGCCUUUCG